UAUCCUCUGGUCACUCUGCGGCUUGUCCACAUUCAUCUGCAUCAGCUGCCAAAUUCGCAAAGAAUCUUUUACGAAAAUGUUCAAAAAGUUCGAGGAGAAGGACAGCAUUUCGUCCAUUCAGCAGCUGAAGUCUUCGGUGCAGAAAGGCAUUCGUGUGAAGCUACUGGAGGCAUACCCGAAGCUAGAGACACACAUCGACCUAAUCCUGCCCAAGAAGGACUCUUACCGCAUUGCAAAGUGCCAUGACCAUAUCGAGCUCUUGUUGAACGGAGCCGGCGAGCAGGUGUUCUUCCGCCAUCGUGAUGGUCCCUGGAUGCCCACUCUGCGCCUGCUGCACAAAUUCCCCUAUUUUGUGACCAUGCAGCAGGUGGACAAGGGCGCCAUCCGCUUUGUUCUCAGUGGUGCGAACGUUAUGUGUCCGGGUCUUACGUCGCCGGGUGCGUGUAUGACUCCGGCGGAGAAGAACACUGUGGUGGCCAUUAUGGCGGAGGGCAAGGAGCAUGCCUUGGCCAUUGGCUUGCUCACGUUGUCCACAGAAGAAAUCCUGGCGAAGAACAAGGGCAUCGGCAUCGAGACGUACCACUUCCUGAAUGACGGUCUUUGGAAGUCAAAGCCCGUGAAAUAGGAAUUAGGACUGGAAUCUUCACAUGCACUUUUUAGUCUUCAAUGUCAUGAGAGCAAAGAAUGGUUUUUUGAUAUGCAACCGAACCUUGUUUAUUAUUUUUUCCCUUAAUUUUACUAUGUCAGUUAAACUAUUUAAAUCAAUGCGAAAUAUAAUUAAUGGCAUUUAAAACACAA